AUGAGUGAGCGUGGUCGUGCUCGUGGUCGUGGUCGUAGUCGUCCUGUAGUACCAGGCGAAGCAAGUAGUGAACCAAGUGGUGCUGCUGGUAUCACUGCACCUACUAGUGAAGCACCAACUACAUCAGCUUUAGCUUCAUUAGUACCAACACCUACUGUUCCUCCAGCUAGUGAAACACCAACAUCUGAAUGGUCAACAACAGAAGCUGCACCAGCCGUACAACAAAGUGCAAUACGUCGAAUUGGUGGCGGUGGUACAAUGAGUAUUCCUCGAGGUCGUGGUCUUGACAAAUUAGCUCCACAUAUGGCUGGAAUGUCAAUUGGUGAACAUCGUGAAGGUCGUUCUCGUGGACCACCAAUACAUGAUGAAUCUCAAAGACGUGUUGUUGAUCCUACACGUGUUAGUUUUCGUGAACCAGGAACAGAAAAACAAGGAACAUCAGGAGAAAUUAUUGCAUUAAUUGCAAAUUAUGUUCGAAUAUUAUCUGCACCACAAUGGUUACUUUAUCAAUAUCAUGUUACAUUUAUACCAGAUAAUAUUGAUUCUAGAAAAACACGGCGAGAAUUACUUGCACAACAUAAAGGUGUUUUACAAGAUGUUGCAUUUGAUGGACAAACUUUAUAUUCAUUUAAUGAUCUUGGUGAUGAUCAUGAAACAAAAUCAUUUCAUGAACCUACUAGUCAAGAUAUAACUAUUCAAUUACAUAAAGUAGCUGUACAAGGUCCUGAAUCACCGAAUUUUUUCCAUUUAUCGAAUUUAAUUAUGAGAAAAUUAUUGGAAUUAGCUGGCAUGAGAAUGAUUGGUCGAUCAUAUUAUCAAUUUGAUAAAAAAAUUGAUAUCGAUCGAUUUAAUUUAACUUUAUUUCCAGGUUUUGAAACAGCUAUUAAUGUUUAUGAAGGUGUUUUAAUGAUGAAUGUUGAUUUAUCACAUAAAGUGAUUAAUAAUGUUAGUAUUUAUCAACGUUUACAAAAUAUUUUUGCACAAUUUCAAGAAUAUAAACUUGCACAAGAUACAGCAAUGCGAGAAUUAGUUGGACAAAUUGUUAUUACAACAUACAAUCAUAAAACAUAUAAAAUUGAUGAUAUUGCAUGGGAUAAAACACCUCAAAUUACAUUUUCAAGACGUGAUGGAAAAGAUAUAUCAUUAAUUGAUUAUUAUCAAGAACGUUAUCAAUUACAAAUAGUUGACCAUACACAACCAUUACUUGUAUCAAAACCAUCACGACGAAAUCGACGAGCUGGAAUUACAGGACCAAUUUUAUUAAUUCCAGAAUUUUGUCGUGAAACGGGUAUUUCGGAUUCAAUGCGAAAUGAUUUUAAUCUUAUGAAAGAAUUGGCUUCAUAUACACAUAUUGAACCAACUCCUCGAUAUCAAUCAUUGAUCGAUAUGGUUAACACAAUUAAUACAUCACCUCGUUGUCGUCAAUAUAUGUCAAAAUGGAAUUUACGAUUGGACGAUAAUUUAGUUGAACUGGAAGCUCGUACCCUUGAACCGGAAACAAUUAAUUAUAGUGAUCGCUCAGUUCGAUAUAAACAACAAGAAGCUGAUUGGAGUCGUGAUGGUCGUGGUUGUCGUCAUUUAAAACCUGGUCAUUUGGAUAAAUGGCUUGUAGUUUAUGAAGGAAAACAAAAACCUAUUGCUAAUGAACUUAUUAAUACACUCUAUAAUGUGUGCACACCAAUGGGUAUGCGCGUAGAAUAUCCUGAAAUUGCUGAACUACAAAAUGAUCGACCAGAAACAUAUUUAAAAGCAUUAGAACAAUAUUGUCUUAAUCAACAAUAUAAUCUUGUUCUCUGUGUAUUAAGUAAUAAUCGAAAAGAUCGUUAUGAUGCAUUAAAAAAAUUCUUAUGUAUGGAUACAGCUGUUCCAUCACAAAUGGUACUUUUAAAAACUUUAAAUAAACGUGGUCAAUUAAUGUCAGUUGCCACAAAAAUUGGUAUUCAAAUAUCAGCUAAAUUAGGUGGAGAGAUUUGGUCCGUUUCGAUUCCAUCAAAAAGUUUGAUGAUUAUUGGUAUUGAUUCAUAUCAUGAUAAAAAACGUAAACAAGUAUCAAUAGCUGCAUUUGUUGCAACAACAAAUCCUCAAUGUACAUCAUAUUAUUCACGCAUUAUUAUGCAAACAACAACACAAGAGUUAGUUGAUGGUAUAAGUGUUUGUAUUCGAGAUGCAUUAAAAGCAUUUUUUAUGCAAAAUAAUACGAUGCCUGAACGAAUUAUUAUUUACCGUGAUGGUGUUGGUGAUGGACAACUUCAAGCUGUUUAUGAACAUGAAUUACCACAAAUUGAAGAAACAUUUAAUAAAGUACAAGAAGGUUAUUCACCUAAAUGGGCUAUGAUUAUUGUUAAAAAACGUGGUUGCUCAAGAUUUUUUGCUAAAAAUACUCAUCAAUUAUACAAUCCACCACCAGGAACGAUAAUUGAUCAUACAAUUACACAUCAAAAUUGGUUUGAUUUUUAUCUUAUUUCACAAUGUGCUAGACAAGGUACAGCAGCACCGACACAUUUCAAUGUUAUUUGGGAUCGAACUACAUUUAAAGUAGAUCAUAUUCAACGGCUUACAUUUAAAUUAUGUCAUCUUUAUUAUAAUUGGCCCGGUACUAUCCGAGUACCAAUGGUUUGCCAAUAUGCUCAUAAACUUGCAUAUCUUGUUGGUCAAUCUCUUCAUCAAGAUUUUCAUCAUGAUCUCUCAAAUAAACUUUUCUAUUUAUAG